GAUUUUAUACUGACUACAGAGGAGAUGAUUUGCAGAGUUCUGGUGGUCAGAAGAAGAUGCAGGGUCAGUAGUGACGGAGGAGGACAAAAGAACAGACAUUCAGAAAUAUUGUGAGCGGUUCAGUAAAUAACAGAUCAAAAAUACUUCGUUUUGGGGGACGCGAGUGACCUUUGUAAAAACAUCUUUGUCUUUCAGUUGAAAGGAGCUUGAAGAUGCCUUUUUAGUCUGUGGGAAAUGUUUGAGAUUUCUUUGAAAUAGCAUUUAAUCUUUGUGCUUACUUUUUUCUUCAAAACAAAAAACCUUAAUGGUUGGAAUCUCAGCUUUCUUUUACACAGAAACCUCCCAACAGGAACAUUUCCUGUUCUGGGGACAUUCCUAUAUACAGGAUGUGGCUGGCUGCAGGAAAAAGGGAAUGUUAAUGGCCAACAGCCUUUUCUCUCUGGAUAGCCAGCACCAAAUUGCCUGGGAGCAAGGCCCUUAACCCUUACUUAUACUGCUUUUUAGCAGCCACCAGCACAAGACUGAUUGCAGUGCAGCUCCCUGGUGUGAGUGUACCUGUCCAGCCAAAGCAAUGUAGGCCAUUGCGAAAUACAUAAUAAAAAGAGCUGUCAAAAUAUUCCCUGAGUUCACAUUACACAUGAUAUAAAUAAUACUAAAACAGUAGCAGUCCCGUCCUAGUAGCUGCCUGCCUUUCUGUGUGAAAGUGUGUACAUGAGUGUGUUUGGAGUGAGGGAAUUGUGAAAGAAAAGAAGUAACUUUGAGACAGUAGUAAACAGAAGUGUGAGGAGAAUCGGCCUGUUGAUUCUGAACUUCCAGGAAGUGGCCAAACAGUCCAACUUCUAAUACCAUGAAAAACAUAAGCAGAUUAACCCUUAAACCCAAACUGUCCUAAACCGUGUUCUCUGAAGCCAGUGAGUGAGAAAAUUCCACCCUAGCUCACCAAAUAAAAAACAGAAAAAGGUCAGUUUGAUCAACAAUAACAGCCUUUUGCAAGCAAAUAUUGUGUGUUCAUACUCAGUCUUUGACACAUAUUUGGUUUAAACAGAGCAAAACUAAAGCAUUUAGAGUUGAAAACAUUUGUCCGCAUGGGUACUUUUAUCUAAUGUGAAUUUUAGUAGAUUCUUUUUAACAGAAAAUUUAGUCUUAAAGGUUGAAAGCUUUUUUUAUGAUACACAGAGAGGCGGAUGUGCAAUGAAAGAAAUCUGAAUGUGGCCAAAAAGUGUUGUUGGAAUAAAAAAAACAAACAAACAAAAAAAUCGGAUCUACUGUACAGUACAGGGGUUUGCAGGGAGCAAAUUUUCCUCCAUUGUAAAAAGCUCAGGUUCAGCAUAAACCUCAGAGAUAAAGCAGAAUUUUGAUUUAUGUUAGUGGAAUUAAGAUUAUUCUCAUCAAAAAUAUUUCAACAGCAGAUGAUAAAAUCUUCUUUUUUCAGGAUUUAAAUUAUAACCAAAAAUCACAAGAUUGGAAACAAAGACAGGAUGCCUUUUUAAAAAAAAAAAAAAAAAAAAAGCUGCUUCUUCAACUUUUCACUGUAAUCUUGAUGUUUUGUAGCUCAGUGAGGAAUAAAAUGCUUAAAUAUAUAUUUAUAAUGUUUCUAAGGGGUGAGACAUUAGUUUUACACUUCAUCUAUUUGGACUAAUUAAAGCUGUGUCUUGAUAGCUUAGCCAAUAGACUUAAAAAAAUCUCCCCUCUGAUCCUUACUGUUCAACAUUUAUUUUUUUUUUAUUUGUUUGUUUUUAACUGUAAAAUAAUAUUAUGUUGUUUGUACCAGAUAAUAACUUUGCCUGGUUAAUAAAAAUUCAGCUAAGCUUAAUUAAUCAAUCAAUCGAGGAGGCUCUUUAGCCCCGCCCCUCUCGCUGAGUCCUCCUUGGACAGGCGCGCGCGCGGUUCAGCUGUUGUUCCACGCGGACACACGCCUGAACUCUGAAUGAGAGCGUCACCAGAUUUACGUUGCAUGUUUUUGUCCCAGGGCGGAACACCUUUCAACUCAAAGGGAUGGACUUCGUGGAGGAUCGGGAGCAAAGGAACACAUGACAACUAAUUUAUCAACUUGAUUAAGUUUCUGUUGUUAGUUUCAGAAAAAUGAAGAUGGGGGAGUCAUUAUUUAAUUUGAUUGUCAUGUUUAUGGCUGUCCGUCUCAUAAAAUGCCAAACCCUUUGUGAGAGGCAGGCGUCACUGGAAUGGCACCCUCAAAAACACACAAUCCAAGUUAACUGGACUCUGAUCGUAAAUAUUUGUAGGAGUGCAUCGGAAUGUUGGAGUUCUCAUGGGGGAGACGAACUGAGUAACCAGUCCUCCAACUUCCCACAGAUAUGCCCGCUUCAACUGCAAUACGGAGACAAGCUGCUGAUGUCUGCUGAUGAAACAUUCAAGUCAUACGGCAUCAAACUUCUCAACGUGUCAAAAGACAGUUUUGAAAGUUGUUCCACAAAUGGAGAUCUCUUGUUCCCCCACAGUUUAAAGGAAAGCGAGCAAGUUGAGGCUAAGUGGAUCACACCAGGUCGUCAUUACUUCAUUGCUGUUCAUGAAGGACCAAACUGCUCAGAAAUAGUCGGGAAGACGAAUUGUGUCAGAGUAUGUGAGAAUGGGACAUGCGUUCAGAUGUCGCCCACUUCCUUUAAAUGCAUCUGUGGUGGUGGAGUCUCUGGCCCUCCCUGUGAGAAGACGAAAGCCCCCUGUGACCCAAAUCCAUGCAGAGAGGGUGGUGCAUGCGCAGAGAGCCCCAAAGGAUUUGCCUCUGAGUGCGUUUGUGCAGAUGGUACCGUGGUCCCUGAAUGCAGGAGGCAGCAGGACGCGUGCACCCCAUCGCCAUGCUUGAACAACGGCACCUGUGUGUCCAAGGGAACGGAUUACGUCUGCAGAUGUCUGAGUGGCUUUUCUGGAAGAAACUGUGAAGAAAUAAUUGACUACUGCAGGCUGCUCAAUAUCAUCUGCCUAAAUGAGGGAUUGUGCUUGAGUGUAAUUGGCGGACAUCAGUGCGUUUGUGGUUCAGGAUGGAUUGGAGAGUUUUGUCAAUAUGUUGGUGAUGCCUGUGCAAUGCAAACAAACAACUGUUUGAAUGGAGCCACAUGCAUCACAACGAGUCAACCAGCAUCUCCACCACAGUACACCUGUAAAUGUCUACCUGGUUUCAAAGGAACAAUGUGUGAGACAGAGAUCAAUGAGUGUGAUUCCAGCCCCUGUCAGCACAAUGGUUCCUGCCAUGACUUGGUUGGAGACUAUGAGUGCCAGUGCCCUGCAGGUUUUCAAGGAAAGAAUUGUGAAGUUGACAUCGAUGCCUGUGGUCUGCCCACCAGCAACUGUUCCACGAAGACGAGAUGUUUGGAUCUCCCAAAAGGGUUUGAAUACAGCUGCCGUGUGCCGUGUUCUCAAGAAUUUCAACCAUGUGCCAACGGAGGACGCUGUGUGUUGAAUAAUGCCAGCAGCUACACCUGUAUCUGCACACGGGGCUGGACCGGUCAGACCUGCCGUAUAAAUGUCAAUGAUUGCAUUCAACAUUGGUGCCAAAAUGGGGCCACUUGUGUGGAUGAGAUUGAUGGCUACAGCUGCCUUUGUCCCAGUGGAUACACAGGGGUCUUCUGCGAGGAAGACAUUGAUUACUGCGCUGGCCAUAGCUGCUCUGAACAUGGCGUUUGCCUGGACCAGCAGUAUAACUUCACCUGCCGCUGUAUGCUUGGAUUCGAGGGACCGUUCUGUGAAGUGGAAACAAAUGAGUGUAACAGCUUCCCUUGCUCAAGUGGCGCCACCUGUGUGGACCUAAUCAGUGAUUAUCGGUGCCACUGUCCCCUGGGAUUUGAAGGAAGGACUUGCUCCCACAAUGUAAAUGAUUGCUGGUCACAGCCCUGUCUAAAUGGAGGCACGUGUAUGGAUCGAAUAAAUGACUUUAUUUGUCACUGUCCUCUCGGGUUCAAGGGAAAAGACUGCUCUCUGGAUAUCGAUCUUUGCUCAUUUGGACUGUGCAGUGAACACACAUUAAUAUGCGCUGAGACCAGGGAUGGCCACAAUGUUUCUUGCACGUGUAAAACAGGAUUCGGAGGGUCAUUUUGUGAAGUAAAUCUUAAUGAGUGUGAGUCUUUGCCAUGUCAGAACGGUGGCGUUUGUGUGGAUGGAAUUGAUCUGUAUCAAUGCUUGUGCUUAGAAGGCUUUUGGGGUUUCAACUGUGAAAUCAGCCAUAAUGAAUGUGCAUUUGGAUACUGCGCCAAUAAUUCCACAUGUAUUGACCUGGUUGCUGACUAUGAAUGCAUCUGUCCAUCAGGCUUUGCUGGCAAGAAUUGCUCCAGACCAGAAUCUUCCUGUUCAGAAGUGAGGGUCUGCAAAAACGGAGGAACUUGUGUCUUAAAUUCUGCCAGGGAAUUACAAUGUAUAUGUCCUUCAGGUUACCACGGCGAAGACUGUUCUUUGUCUUCGAGCCGGUGUGUUUGCGACUCUGAAGGGACUAUGUUCUGCGAUGAGCUGGAAAAUGCUUACAGAUGUGUGUGUCAUCACGGACACACAGGGGUACACUGUGAAACCCCUAUUAACCACUGUGUUGAUGGCCUUUGUCAACAUGGUUCAACGUGUGUGGAUUUGUCAAGGGGGUUCAAAUGUGAUUGCUUACCUGGCUUAACAGGCCAGUUUUGUGAAGCAAAUAUUGAUGACUGUGCAGGCGAUCCCUGUGGAGCUCUGAGUAUCUGUAAAGACUUUCUGAACGGCUACAGUUGCUUUUGUGCACCUGGGUUUAUCGGUAAUAAGUGUGAGAUUGAAGUGAAUGAAUGUCUCAGCUUGCCUUGUCAAAAUGGAGGCUCCUGCACAGACGAGCUUAACUCAUUCAGCUGUCAGUGUCCUGUUGGGAUAACAGGUAGCUACUGUGAAUACAACAUAGAGGAGUGUGCUUCCUCUCCCUGCCUGCAGAAUUCCACGUGUUUAGACCUCGUUAACGGUUACAAAUGUGUUUGUAAGCCGGGUUUUACAGGUCCAAAUUGUGAACUUGACAUUGAUGAGUGUGCUUCAUCUCCCUGCAAGAAUAGAGGAACAUGCGUGGACCUACCUGGUAAUUACUUCUGCCAGUGUGUGGCUCCAUUCAAAGGGCAUAAUUGUGAGUUCUUACCCUGUGAGGCCAGUAAUCCCUGUGAGAACAACGCCGUGUGCAUGGAAGAGUUGGAUCAGGAGCGUUUCCCUUCGGGUUUCCGCUGUCUCUGUCGCCGUGGUUUCAGUGGCCCCCGCUGUGAAAUCAAUGUGGACGAGUGUAGCUCCAACCCCUGUUUUCACGGCUUCUGCUAUGAUGUUGUAGAUGGCUUUUACUGCCUUUGUAGUCCUGGCUUUGCAGGGCCUCGAUGUGAGGAAGACAUCGAUGACUGCCUCAGCAAUUUGUGCACUUCCAACUCAGCAUGCAAGGACCUCCAUCAGGGUUAUGAGUGUGUUUGUCAUUCAGGGUGGGAGGGAGCGGACUGCCAACAAGAAAUUGAUGAAUGUUUAUCGCAGCCCUGCAAAAACAACGCCACCUGCACAGACCUUCUCAACAGCUACAAGUGCUUCUGCUCACCAGGAUGGACAGGUGAGGACUGUGCCGAGGAUGUCAAGGAGUGUGACUCUGGGCCCUGUCUUAAUGGCGCUCCGUGUCAGGAGUCGGACAUACCUGGGGAGUUCUCCUGCGCCUGUCCCCCUUUCUUUACUGGCCAUUUGUGCGACCAAUCCUAUGACCCAUGUGACCCCCUCCAUAAUCCCUGCCUACACGGCUCUACCUGCCUGACACGCUCCAAUGGCACAGCCUCCUGCAGAUGCUCAGUUGGAUUUGAGGGAAGUUGGUGUGAAAUUGACACCAAUGAGUGUGGUUCACAUCCAUGCCAAAAUCAGGGGCAGUGUGAGGACCAGGUCAAUGGUUACAGGUGUGACUGUAAGAUGGGAUUUUCAGGCCUUCACUGUGAGCAAGACAUCAAUGAGUGUGCCUCCAGCCCUUGCAGCAAUGCUGGCACCUGUAAGGACCUUGUGAACAUGUUUCACUGCAUUUGCCCUCCUGGAUAUUUUGGAACGCUGUGUGACCUGGAUGUGAAUGAGUGUGAAGUUUCACCUUGCCUACACGAGGGCAUCUGUAUCAACAUGCCUGGGGGCUUCAAGUGUGUCUGCCGGCCUGGAUACACAGGACUGCGGUGUGAGGUUAAAGUCAACGAGUGUGUUUCAAACCCAUGCCAGAACACUGGAAGAUGUAUUGAUGGGCCUAAUCAAUAUCACUGCUUGUGUCCUGUUGGCUUUAUUGGGCUCCACUGUGAGACUAACGUAGAUGAAUGCAUAUCAGCACCUUGUCUUCAUGGGAGGUACAGGUUCUUUUGCAACAUUUAAGUAAAAAAA